UUGAUUCUCGUACGAUAUUUCCAGUCCGGUCUCUAACAGAAAGUAAUAUUUCUAGUAAAUAAUAGAUGAGUUUAUUAAAUAAGUGAGUAUACGAGGCUAAUCCUAUCCAACAAAUACGAGAAUCUCUCGAUAUCCCUAUUAAUUCCUGAUAUCACUAUUGCAUAUGGUAUAUUGGAGGAUAUGUUGGAUAGAUCAAGGUGGAUUUGGAGGGAUAUUGGGUAGUGACUCAUUAUUUCCAAAUGUCCCAGGAGUCAAUACUUCAUGUACCUCAUCAAAAGACGUAAUUUAUCUUUUUUAUAUGAAAAAAGUUUAUGCUUAUGUUUGUGAACACACAACGGGGAAAUUCAAUUUACUUGAUAAACAUCCAAUAGAAUUACAACCAAUGAUUAUUCCCUUCCCUAUUAAAUGUUUUCCGUUAAAUAAUGGAAGUUUAAUGAUUGGAAGUGUAAGUAUUUAUAUAUUUAAUAAAAAGGGUUUAAAAAUUUCGUUUGUUUCCGAAUAA